UUCAACGGAAGAGAGUUUUGCGGCGUUCAAUAAAAACCUGUUGAGUGGUUGAGGCCACUUCCCUCAUUUCCAGAAUUUCUGCGGAGCGCCGGCAAGUGAAAUGUGCGCGGACUGCAGGUCAGAGCUCUUACGCUCCAGGCCGCUUAAACCGGCACAACGCGCUUUCAGCUCUCCGGACAAAGGCACCAACACUUCGCAGGUCCCUCAAGUGCGACUCAGAAGACCCAACCGAGCUCCAGCCUUCUGCAAGCGCCGUUUCUUGGUAUCUCGGUAUUUGUAGUUUUGUGCACUAUAUGUUUGCUCAAGAAACCAACGCUGAGACCACAACUCCCGUCACCGCGCGAGCACUGGUGCCGUCAGAGCGCAGCCUCCGGAGGGGGCGCGGGCGCCAUUGCCUAACCUGCUGGCCGAAGGGCCCGCCUUCCUAAACCCAGGAACUCCUGUGAUUGGUUAGCUGCCUCGCCUCUCACGGAGGGGGCGACAGGUGAAUGAAAGGGGGGCGUGUCGGUGCGCGAAGCUCGGCUGCCGUGCUGCUGUAUCCUGCUGAAAGAGAUACAGGCCAGCGCAGAGCAGCAGAGCCGGUGGAGAAAUGGAGAUGCAGUCCUACUGCGCCAAGCUCUUGGGGGAGCUGAAUGAGCAGCGAAAGAGGGACUUCUUCUGUGACUGCAGCAUCAUCGUGGAAGGGCGGAUCUUCAAGGCCCACAGGAACAUUCUGUUUGCCAACAGCGGCUACUUCCGAGCCCUGCUCAUUCACUACAUCCAGGACAGCGGGCGCCACAGCACCGCCUCCCUGGACAUUGUCACCUCGGACGCCUUCGCCACCAUCUUAGACUUCCUGUACUCCGGGAAGCUGGAUUUGUGCGGCGAGAACGUGAUCGAAGUUAUGUCGGCUGCCAGCUACCUGCAGAUGAACGAUGUGGUGAACUUCUGCAAGACCUACAUCAGGUCGUCCCUCGACAUCUGCCGGAAGAUGGAGAAGGAGGCGGCGGUGGCGGCGGCGGUGGCGGCGGCGGCGGCGGCCGUAGCGGCUCAUCAGGUGGACGGGGGAAGCCCCAGUGCAGGCAGGGAAGGGACCUCCUGUGACGCCAAGAGCUUGGUCUCCUCUCCCGCCACUGGAGAGGGGAGUGUGGACUGUCCCGGAGAGUCCCCUUGCAGCGACUGCAGAGGCUGCCACCAGCUGGGACUGGUGGUGAAGGACAGCCAGGGCAGUGACCUCUCUAUUCUGCCCAGACAGAUAGAGCCCAAGGUGGAGUUUGAUGCCGACGAGGUGGAGGGGGAGGGUGGUGAGCCGCUGCCUCCCUAUGCCGCGCCGCUCAGCCUGGCCCACGUGGACGAGGGUUUGCCCGGCGGCCAGGCCGUGGACUUGGCGUACAGUAACUACCACGUGAAGCAGCUCCUGGAGGCACUCCUGCGCAAGGGUGCUGUCCCCAGCAAAGACGACGCGGACCACCACUUUUCUCGGAGUUUGGAGGGAAGACCAGAUGGUGCAGGAGGAGCCAUGAGUUCCAUGGCGGAUGUCCAGACCGACUGGUAUGGCGAGGACGCAGGGUUGAGAACCAAAGGAGAAGGUUCUCAGAAUUUUUUCUUGUGUAUGAUCACAUAUUCCAGACAGGUAAGAAAUUGAUACUUCUCUGUGUCAGCCAUGGUGCCUGGCACACGGCCGACAGGCACUUAGCGUGUCAUGGUCAAUGGUCCUAUCUACUUGAGGAUAUCUAAAAUGAGUUGGCAUUUGGCUUUAUGCGAGUAAAUUUCUUAUAUCCUUUGGUAGACUUUUUUCUUUUAAUGAUUAAUGUUGUAACUCCAAAGACAUGUGUGUUUUAAUGAAAUCAUCAACCUUAAACUAGCUUUUAUAUAAAACAUUUUCCUUUGGUAGGCUUUUGUGUUUUAAGAGAACUUGGUUGUUUCCCUGAACAGCUCUGAGACAUGCAUUGACAUGACUAACUCCUCUUAACAGAUGGGGUGAUUGUUGUAAAAUGUCUUGUAGAAGAUUGGCUGCCACCUUACUGAUGAAAGUACCCUAUAGCUUCCAGAACCUCAAGCCAAGAAAUUAAUGAAUCCCAAUUUAAAUUCACCCUUCAAUACUGAGCAGUGAAAGUAUUUUAGGUAAGGGAGAUCAGCCGCUUUUAUUCGUGACUAAAUGGCUGUCUUGAGACAUUUAAUUUCAUUUUUUAAAGCAAGAACACUCUGUAUGUCUGAUUAAAACUAGGCUUGAAAACUUGAAAAUGCUGUUUCUGAUCCUCAGGGACACUGGCUUAGCCAGCAUUUAGAAGGUAGUGGCUGUUUUCAUGAACACACUGUGGAAAUGGGUUGAAAUCUCAUUUCUGUGCUUAAUAGCACCUCACAGAUGGUGACCACCCUUUCACACCCAUUAGACCCUCAUGAGUGUGGCAGAAGAGUGUGGAGAAACUGGGUUUGGUGAACCACAAGGGUUUGGUGAAUUUCCUGAGAAUGCAGAGCUGGUAAGUGGCAGAGCUAAAAUGAAACCCUGGUCUGGCUUUCUUUCAUUCAAACAAACUGUGCAGGCAGCACAAAUGAAUAGAGGAUUUCAGUGCCAUGGUUUUAUCUUUCAGCCCCUUUGCCUGUAAGCACAAGCAUCAAGAAAUAAU